AUGGAUUUACCUAUUGAGGUUCUUAAUAGAAUAUUUAAGCAAGUAAUGUUGAAAAAAGACCUUUUCUCUUGCUCUCUUGUAAAUCGAACUUGGAGUUUGGUUGCCUUGCCGAUACUUUGGAACAAACCUGUGUACUCGGAAGCUUUAAUACAAACUUUAAUUUCCUGUUUUUCACAACAAGAUAAGGAUAAUUUAGUGCAAACGGGCAUCCGUUUGGAUAGUUGGAUCAAUAUUGGGUCAGGCAUUGACUAUCCAUCUUACAUAUUCGAUUUAUAUUAUUCAUCUUUGCUGAUAUAUGUCAACCGCUUUUUAUCCAAACAAAAUAAUCAACAAAAAAAGAGAUUAACUUAUUAUUUGAUGCAAUACCUCUGCAAGUUAUUAAUGAAUCGAUGCAUCAAUCUUAAAAAUCUUGAAUUUAGAAAUUUGAAUUUAACAGAAUAUUUCAUUAUACCUUUUUAUCACUUUCCGGGAGCAGAUGGUAAUCUUAUCAAUAUAACAUCAAUGACUUUGGAUUUCUCACUUUCUUUUUGCGAUCAAUUUUUUUAUGCACUUUCCGGAAUUUGUAAGCAAAUCAAGAGUUUAUCCCUCUGGGAUUUAAACGAAAACAAUGCGUUGAUGUACUUUAUCGAAUCUCAGGCAUUUUUAAAGAAUUUAUCUAUUUGGUGCAGUGAUGUUCAAUUUCCAACAAACGGUUCAUCUGAAAAUUUGGAAAAAAGGGCAAAUUUUCUUAAAAGUCUUGUGUUAUAUGAAAGUUCGGUUUCUGCAAGCUUCUUGGCUCAAUGUAUUAAUUUGAAUGUUUUAAAGGUUACUGGAGAUAAGUUUUUUCGAAUGAUUGAAAAUGUAAUGGAUUUUAACCGUCUCAAACUAAAUAACCUUGAGAAAAUUUUAUUCGAUGAUGUAUCCAAUGAAUAUAUGGAUAAAAUCACAAAACUCCUAGAUCGUACUAAUGUUCUCAAAGAGAUAACUUUAAUGAUUGAUUCUGAUCAUUCUAUUGAGCUGACUAAAGUAAUUGUGCAUAAUUACACAAAUUUAGUUGAUUAUAAAGGGCUAUAUGAUGAUUCUCAAAUUAUUUUGCUACACAUUUUUGUUCAAAAUUGUCCAUUUCUUGAAAAAUUAGUGAUUUGUGAUAAUAAGACCAACAAUUCUAAAUUUAACUUUAAUGAUGAACUAAUGCGUUUAGGUAAUGUCAUUCCUAGAAAUCUUAAAAAAUUACGAUUGAAAAAAUCAUGGAUUUACAAUGCUUUUACUUUGAAUAGUUUUAUGAAAAAAUGCUUUGAAAAAUUGAAGGGAUCUUUUGAAUUUUACAUCAAUAUCAAUGAUCAUGAUUAUUCUAUUCAAAACUAUGAUAAACAAAUUAUGUUUAAAGGUUAUGAUGAUGGACUUAUUCAUGUUGAAUGUUAUGUUAAUAGAUAG